AUGAAUAUUAGUUAUCUUCGAACUUUAAAAGGUAUACUGCAUGUGAUUCGAUUGGUUAUUCUCAUUAUUUUGAUCAUUUAUAUUAAUAUUUUAUCUUGUGGACAAAACGCCUUUGGUGGACACGCCAAUGUCGACUCGACUUCGGACAGCGAGUUCAUUCACAUCAUCAUGUGGGUUGCAUUUGCUAUUGACGGUUUCGUUUUCGUAUGUCGAAUAUUUGAACAAGACGACGGUACAGUCGAAACAUCGUUAUUGAUCGAUGCUUCACUUAGUUUGAUCUACUUCGUUGCCUUUGUCAUCUUACUUGUUUCAUGGAUCAAAUGUUCCGAUGUCAAUACAUUAUUUUGUAAUAAUAAAUAUAAAUGCCAUGUUCAUAGCUUACCGACGAUUGGCUGCUUUGCGUUAGCGGUACUCUACAUGUAUUAUGAUGUUCGACGAUGUCUGGAAAAGUUGAAUUCGUUUGAAAAAUGA